AUGGUUUUAGUGAAUUCUCUGACCUCCCCCCUUAAGACAAACUUGUCAGUGAUCGACAGACAUUCUUUCAAAGAGCACAAUGAUAUUGUCAGAGAUUUGGUUACUGCUGGAUGCAAGUUAUGUGGUUCACCACUAUAUCACAAAAAUCUUCAUGGGGAAAACACGUUUGCACUUGAUUGUCCUAAUAACCCAAAAUAUCUUCAUGUUCCUGGCCAGAUAUACAAGCCGUUUCUGAUAUAUAUCUAUGACCAAUCUGGACAAGUUCCUUUGCUUGUGAGGAAUAGAGCUGCGGAGACCUUAUUUGCCAAUAUCAUUGCAGAUGAUGUAUCUGAAUGCCACAAAAGCCACAUGCUGUCAGAAACCUAUGAGUCGUGUAACUUGAGCAAUUCUGGUAUGAUAGAUGAUUCUGGCAACAAAGAGAUAGCAAAAAGGAGAAAAACCGAACAAAAGCCUAAUUUCUAUCUUAUUUGGCUUAUUCUGAUCAAAUGUCUGCUGAGCCAAGGCAACAACAGUCCCUUCUGCUUCCAGAUUUCAGUCAACCCUGAGAAGAAGAAUGUUGAGGAUGGACGUUUUGAAUUGAUCUAUUUGACAAUGCCAAUACCAUGA